AUGGUCUAGGAAUUAGGUAGUGAAGACUCUGAUUCUGAUCUGCCUCCUCGAAAUCUAGUCUGUCCUCUGAUAUUUUCCCUCAACCCCCUUGUCUCUUGUUCCCCUGGUUACCCUAUCCAUUAUUCAGAUCUCCAUGGGCUGUCUUCGUUCUGUGAGCUAACUGUGUACCCUUGUUGAGCAACCUUUUGACUUCCUUUGUACCCUACUCACUGUACCUUGUGCCUAUUUUACUGUCUUUCCACAGGUCACAAGUGAAGCCAUCUGUUCUCAUUAUUGCCAUUUAUCUGCUCCCAUUUCCUCUUUAGCAGUUUUAUUCUUAAAGCUUAGGAGCAAGGCCAAUACAGGCUUUGUUUCAGAAUGAAAGACUAGAUUGAAAGUUUCUUUCCAUAACAUGUUGAUGGAAAAAAUUAACUAGAAAUGUUUUAUUGUACUUCUUUUUAGAAGCUGACUACCCGCUUGUUGAUGAAUCAGAGAAGAACCAGGAAAGCAAAGACAACUUUUUGAAUUCAGUUUUGUUCACAUUCAAUAAAAUUCUGGCUAUGGAGAGAGUCCACGGUUAUAAUAUGAGCACAAGUCUUAAUCCUACAAGAAAAAAAUCAUAUAAAUGUAAAUCAUAUGGGAAGAGUUUGCAACCUACUCUAGACUUACUUAAUUAUAAUAGAAGUUAUACUGGCGAAAACUCUUAUGAAUGCAGUGAAUGUGGGAAAGCCUUCAAAAAGAAGUUUCAUUUCAUUAGACAUGAAAAAAAUCAUACAAGGAAAAAACCCUUUGAAUGCAAUGACUGUGGGAAAGCCUAUAGCAGGAAGGCACACCUUGCAACUCAUCAGAAAAUUCAUAAUGGAGAGAGACCCUUUGUGUGCAAUGAUUGUGGGAAAGCGUUUAUGCAUAAAGCACAACUGGUAGUUCACCAGAGACUUCACACUGGAGAGAAACCCUAUGAAUGUCGUCAGUGCGGGAAAUCAUUCACUUGGAACUCCUCCUUUACUCAACAUGUGAAAUCUCAUACACUUGAGAACUCAUUUGAAUGUAAGGAAUGUGGGAAAACCUUCAGGUACAGUUCAUCCCUUUAUAAACAUUCUAGAUUUCAUACAGGAGAGAAACCCUACCGAUGUAUUGUAUGUGGCAAAGCCUUUGGCAACACAUCUGUGCUUGUUACCCAUCAGAGGAUUCAUACAGGAGAGAAACCUUAUGGAUGUAUUGAGUGUGGCAAAGCCUUCAUCAAGAAGUCACAUCUCCUUAGACAUCAGAUAACUCACACAGGAGAAAAGCCUUAUGAAUGUAACAAAUGUGGGAAAGCAUUUUCCCAGAAGUCAAAUCUUAUUGUCCAUCAGAAAAUUCAUACAUAAUAUUCACUUUAUGAAUAUGAGAAAGCCUUAAAUAUUAAUUAAAUUUUAUUAAAUAGAGAAUUCACGGUGAGGAAAGAUCCAUCAAUUUGAAUGAAUUUGGAAGAGUAGAUUCCCAUAAAAAAUAAUGCCAGUCAUGUUCUGGAAUUGAUAAAGUUUUUACAGAAAAGAUCACAGAAAACAUUAAAUUAUCAGUAAUAGAGCAUAGAGCUUGGAAAGGAAGCAUAACUUAAUCAAGGAAUCAGUGAAACUAAAUUUACCAUCCCUGAUUUUUUAUUUUUAUAACAGAUUAUACAAAUGUGAGUAUAAAAUAUGUUUAUACAUUAUAUCUAUUAAGUUUCUACAGUCAAUAUCAUCAUUUUUUUCUUCCAGUCCUAACAAUAAUAUGCAAGUGAAGAAAUGGUUUAAUAUGUAGUAUGAAUUUCCGUAAUAUUUUCAUCCAUUUGCUGGCACUUUUAAUGGGCGUGGCAGCGUUACUGAACCUCAGAGUCUCCUCUUAUAAAACUCAUUCUAAAAAUGUUUUCCUAUAUACGUAAACACCAAAACAAAAAAUAUAACAAGAUGCCAAUUGAGAGAGAAAAAGCAGUUGAUUUCUGUAUGACAGUAAGUAUGCAUUGAGGAAAAGAAGUAUUUAAGCAUGUAAAUAAAACAUUUGCACUCAAA